AGUUACUCUAUCAUAUUAGCAUUUUUUCCCCUGCUGUAUAGUCAUUAUUUCCUUUUUAAUAAGGACUAAAGUGACCUUAGAUUUGCAAUAUGUUAAGCUAUACAGCAUGUUUUGUAGCCUUUCCCCUAUCACUAUAUUGUCCAACAAAUCUACUAAUGAUAUUUAUUUAUUUAUUUUUAGAGUAGUCUUCUGUUGAUUUGGUUUUUAAAUCCUUUUCUUAACUUUUAUUAACUUUCUCUAAAUUGUAUUAUCAUGUUACAAACUAAGAUAGUGCUAAGCUUCAUUUUUUCUUUCUUUCAAUUUAUUGCCCUUUAUUUUUCUGGUAUUUUUCAACAGCCAGUUUAUAUGUCUAUAUAAAUGUAAUUUGAAAAUUUAGUUAUUACUUAUCUCAAUAUCACUUUUUCUUUUAUCCAUUAAUAUCUCUCAGUAAUAACCUGUUUAAUUUAUUAUUUUAAUUUCAUUACUUUAAUUAAACUUCAGUUGAUACAGGUCUGUCUUGCAGGGGCAUUUUUCUCCUGUCCGCAUAAGCACCAUAUAAUUAUAAUGUCCUUUCCCUUUAACUUAACUAAUUUACUGACAAUUAAAAUAUAACUAACCACAGUUAUAUUUACAAUUUUAAUUCCAAUAUUCUUUGUUGUACACUAUUCUGUUCGUCAUUGAACUCCAAGGGUUAAAAUCCAGACUGGAAUCACCAAAAUCCCACUGUUACUCUGGUCUUUUUCCAACUCUUUAUCUGGACUCUGAAAUUCUCUCACUCUCUUGGCUUUUGAUAUUCUUGCUGGCAUCUUACUCUCUCUAACUCUUUUUAGAAUCCUUUUUUUUUUUUUUUUUUUUUUUAAUGACAAUAUUACUAGCUCUAAAACUUUAGUUACUUUUCCACUUAUUGUAACUAGUGCAUUAAAAAAUCUGUUUCCCAUUUUAGACCCUCGGUUUGAGCAAUACGGUUAAGGGUGAACACCGAGCUGACUUUAUCUGUCCCAGUGAGUCAGUGAAGGACGAUGGCAUCUGUUGAUCCGCAUUGUGACACACGAGAUGAGCUGGAAGAAGACGAGCCUGAAUACAAGAAAGUCAAGAUGAGCAGCAGCGCUCACACUGGAGUCAGUGUUGAUCUGAAUGCUCAGACGGGAGCAACUGUAAAUGCUCCUGUACUCACUGGAAACACCAUCACAUCAGUGAUCUUCAACUAUAACACUGCAGGAAACGAGCCACAAAAUAUCACAGAGACAGUGGAGAAACACAAAGAAGAGCAAGAUAAUUUUAUUCUGAAACAUAUCUUGGGAACUCACAAAACCAACAUGAUGAGGAAAGCAGAACGUAUUUUUGAGUACAAAAAAGAAAAUGAAGCACAUCUUAAGGAUGUUUACACAGAACUGUUCAUCACAGAGGGAGAUAUGGAAGGUGUCAAUCAGGAGCGUGAGAUUCUGAAGAUUGAUGAUGCUUACCUGAACAAAAAAACACAGGACAAACCAAUCAAAUGCAAUGAUAUAUUUACAUUACUUAGAGGAAAAAAUGAAGAAAAGAUUGUGCUGACCAAGGGAGUCGCUGGCGUUGGAAAAACUGUCUCUGUGCAAAAGUUCAUCCUGGACUGGGCACAAGAAAAAGCCAAUCAGGAUAUACACUGUGUGUUCCUGCUUCCAUUCCGAGAGAUUAACAGCAUUAAAGAUGAGAUGUUCAAUCUCCAUGAAUUUCUGCUAAAAUUUUAUCCUGAACUGAAAGAUCUGGAGAAAUCAAAGUUAUAUAAGGAAUGUAAACUUGCAUUUAUAUUUGAUGGACUUGAUGAGUCUCGCCUGGAUUUGAAGUUUAACAGUGGAACAUUGAACAAUGUUGAGGAAAGAUCAUCUGUAGAUGUGCUGUUCACAAGUCUGGUCAAAGGGAAGCUGCUUCCAUCAGCUCUCAUCUGGGUGACCUCACGACCAGCAGCAGCCAAUCAGAUCCCUCCUCGGUAUGUGGGUUUGUUCACAGAGGUGCAAGGAUUUGCUGACCAACAGAAGGAGGAGUACUUCAGAAAGAGAAUCACGGAUGAGACUCAGGCCUCCAGAAUCAUCUCACACAUUAAGACAUCUCGUAGUCUCUACAUUAUGUGCCACAUUCCUGUGUUCUGCUGGAUCACAGCCACAGUACUUCAGAAUAUUCUUAAGAACAACACUGAGAACAUCAGCACAACACUCACUGAAAUGUACAUUCACUUCCUGCUGAUACAAAUGAAAAUAAAGAACCAAAAGUAUGAUGAACAAGAAGAAAGACAACGUAAAAAGCUCUUAGACUCAAACAGAGAAAUGAUUUUGAAGUUAGCCAAGCUAGCAUUUGAACAGCUGAAGAAGGAAAACAUUGAGUUCUGUGAGGAAGAUCUGAAAGCAUGUGGUAUUAAUGUGAGUGGAUACACCGAGUUCACAGGAAUGAUCGCUGAGAUCUACAAGGAAGAUGGACUUCAUGAAGAAAAGGUCUUCUGCUUUGUGCAUCUGAGUGUUCACGAGUUCCUCGCUGCAGUGCAUGUGUUCCUCUGUUACCUGAACAAGAACAUGCAGGAGCUUCAGUUUUUCUUUGAUGGACCUAAAGAAAAUAUCACACUGCAGGAGCUACUAGAGAAGGCUGUUGAUAAAGCCAUGAAGAGUGAGAGAGGACAUAUGGACCUGUUUCUGCGGUUUCUAAUGGGAAUUUCACUGGGAUCCAGUCAAAACCUGCUCCAAGGCCUGAUCUUACACACUGAAGACACCACAGAGAGCAUCGCACAAACAACUAAAUACAUUAAACAAGUACUAGAAUGGUACUCUACCUCAGACGAAGCUUCAGUCAACCUAUUCUACUGCUUACUUGAGCUGAAGGAUCAUUCAAUAUAUGAGGAAAUCCAAAGAUACCUCAGUUCAGGUGAACAUCCAGGAAGAGAACUCUCUUCUUCAAUGUGCACAGUGCUGACCUACAUACUGCUGAUGUCAGAGAAGGUGCUGGAUGAGUUCAACCCAAAGAGGUUCACGUCAUCACAGAUAGACUACAAGAGACUCGUUCCAGCUGUGAGAUGCUGCAGAAAAGCCCUACUUGAAAGCUGUGGUCUUGAUGAAUCAUGCUGUGAAACUAUAUCUUCAGUUAUAAAAUCACCAAACUCCCAUCUGACAGAGCUGGACCUGAGCAGCAAUCAGCUGAAUGAUUCAGGAGUGAAGCUGCUUUCUGAUGGACUGAAGAGUUUACACUGUCAUCUGAACCUACUGAGGCUAUGUGGGUGUAAUCUCACUGGUCAGUCCUGUGAAAGUUUGUCUUCAAUUCUACAAUCAUCAAACUCUGUCCUAAAAGAGCUGGACCUGAGUAACAAUGACCUGCAAGAUUCUGGAGUGAAGCUUCUUUCUGAUGGACUGAAGAGCUGUAAGCUGGAGAUACUGAGGUUUUCCAUAUGUAAUCUCACUGCUCAGUCUUGUGAGAGUUUGUCAUCAGUUUUACAAUCCUCAAACUCUGUCCUGAGAGAGCUGGACCUGAGUAACAAUGACCUGCAGGAUUCUGGAGUGAAGCUUCUUUCUGAUGGACUGAAGAGCUGUCAGUUGGAGAUUCUAAGGUUGUCUGGCUGUAUGGUGACGGAGGAAGGCUUUCGUUAUGUGUCUUCAGCUUUGAGUGCAAACCCCUCACACCUGAGAGAACUGGAUCUGAGCUACAAUCACCCAGGAGACUCAGGAGUGAAGCUUCUCUCGGAUACACUUAACCAUCCAAUCCACAGACAGCUCAAACUCAGUGUGGAUCAUGGAGGAGAGUCCAGGAUUACAGCAGGACUGCGCAAAUAUUCCCAUCGGAUCACUCUGGAUCUGAACACAGUGCAUAAACGCCUCCAUCUGUCUGAGAGGAACACAGCGAUUACUGAUACUUUCCCACCGCAGUCAUAUCCUGAUCAUCCAGACAGAUUUGAUGAGUGGCCUCAGGUGUUGUGUAGAGAGAGUGUGAGUGAUCGACGCUGUUACUGGGAGAUUGAGUGGAGUGGACGUGAUGUGUCUAUAUCAGUGUCAUAUAAGAGCAUCAGCAGGAAGGGAAAGGGUCAUGAGUGUUUGUUAGGAUGGAAUGAUCAUUCCUGGAGUUUAAACUGCUUUUCCUACAGUUACUCAUUCAGACACAAUAACAAACAGAUUCAUCUCCCUGUAAAACCCAUCAGCAGUAGAGUAGGAGUGUAUGUGGAUCAGAGUGCAGGAACUCUGUCCUUCUACAGCAUCUCUGGAGACACAAUGAGCCUCAUCCACACAGUCCAGACCACAUUCACUCAACCGCUCUAUCCUGGGUUUAGGAUUGAUUACGCUGGAUCAUCAGCGAAACUGUGUUGAUGAAUAAGAGACAGUGAGCCCAUACGGAAAUGUAAUAUAUGUACAUGUAUGAAAAAUACAUAUAUGAAAUAUAUCCACAUAUAAGGUGAAAACAUGUAUGUACAUAUAUAUCUGCCCAUACAUAAUCCUUUUUGAAAAUGGAACAGUUUUAUAUAUUGACAUAAAUCUAGCCCAUAUAGAUAUAUAUGUUUAUGAAUGUAUAUUACAGUCUUUUAUAUAUGUCACAUAUAUAAUUAAUAUACAUGACAUAUUUCUUUAUAAAUGUUCAAUAUACAAAUUACACAUAUAUGCAUAGCAUAUUGCUUACAUACCUGACACAUAUAUGUCCCUAAUAUGUUUUUAUAUAGCCUUAGUAUAAAUUUUACAUUUAAAGUGAAAUAUAUAUGCAAAAUAUAUUUUUGAUAAGUGUAUAUGGAAUAUAUAAAUGGCAUAUGUAAAAUAAUUGUGUGCACAUAUUUUGAAUAUGUUAUGUUCUUAUAUUAGGUAUAUGAAUUGUAAAAUAUUUUGCAUUAAUGUGUGAUGUAAACGAAACAAAUUUAAUAAACAUGCUUUCAUUAAUUUCUUGCAUAUUUUUAAAUAAAGGUUAUGUAUGUAUAUUUAAACAUUUGAAAUGCAAUGCACAUGGCAUGCUUAAGCCUUACAUGUUAAACGGUGCAGUUAGCAAAAAAGAAGUAAUACAUAAAACAGUUAUAAAACAUUAAAACUUUAUUACAACAGUUUAA